AUGGGACCUCUAUACCAGAUUCUCUACCCCAAUUACGGGAUCGCCGUCGAGAAAAGCCGCUUCUAUCAUGUACUUUCUGCCGGAGUCGCAACUCAGCAGCAACAGCAACAGCAGAGCCCACAACAACAGCACAACCCACCAGCACAGAUUACAUGCUCAAAUGGCCCAGAAGGUGAUCUGGCAUAUUCCUUCCAGGGUACACCAGACACAUCGCUACAAGGUGUAUCGAUAACAAAACCAUUAACCUCGGUCGAUGAAGAUAAUAUCGUACCAGCUAUACGACAUGCUUCCUUGGCGUCUAAUAGAGACUAUGCUACGUCCCCUGCACCCUCAGAGCAUGGUAGCAUGCGUCUCCAUUCACAUGGCGCAAACUAUGUUGGAAGCUUUCACUGGGCUGCCGUUCUUGACAGCAUCUCAGAGCUGAGGGAUCAUUACGAAGAGGAGGAGGCCAGACUGCUGGCUACGGAUGAUUAUGUGCUACAGGAGAGUCCUGGCCCCCGGCUUCUUUAUGAGCCUGUUCAGACAACAAGGGCCGAUCUCAUGGCUGCUAUACCCCCUCGGCCUGCAGUGGAUCGUAUGGUUGCUCGAUACUUCAACGCCCAAGGUGUUGUUCCGGAAAUUAUUCAUAGCGGGCAUUUUCUCAAAGAGUAUGAAAAGUUUUGGCAGGAGCCAAACACAGUGUCAAUAGCUUGGAUAGGCCUCUUAUUCAGCGUCAUGUCCCUCUCGAUGAAGUAUCAACAAUCAAUAGAGGGCUCCGAGGAUCCGGAGACACGGGUGCGCGUGUACAUGUUUCGAGAGAAUGUCAUUCAUUCCCUUGUGCUCUGUCAGUGGACUAGGGGUGGAGAUUAUGUGCUAGAAACAUUGAUCAACUAUCUAACUAGUGAGCUGUUUCUUUCCAGGGAGUCAGAGAUUGGUCUGUGGUUGGUACACGGGAUACUUGUACAGCUUGCUCUAAGUCUCGGGUAUCAUCGAGAUCCACAAAACUUCUCCAGUAUCUCUCCAUUUGCUGGAGAGAUGCGACGACGGGUAUGGGCAGUGAUAGUGCAGAUGGACUUGCGAUUGUCUAGCCAGAUGGCACUGCCACGUCUUCUCAAGCUGCAGCAAUAUGAUACCACCGAGCCUCGAAAUCUAUUCGAUACUGAUUUCGAUGAGAAUACCGCUGAGCUGCCUGAAUCGCGCCCCGAAACUGAGGUCACACCUGUCUUGUACAGUCUAGCAAGAACCAGGAUAGACCAGAUGAACGGGCUUGUCAGUGAUCUUGUCAACGACACACGAGAGCACCCUUAUGCGGAGAUCCUAGACCUCGACUCGAAAUUGAAGGAGGCCGAAGCUUCUCUGUCGCCAGUUUUCUGUUGGCAGCCACUUAGUCAAUCAUUUAUGCUUUUGCCACAGAUUGUCAUGCAUCGAGUGCUACUUCAGCUUGCAAUUCAGCGUGUGACCAUUUGGCUUCAUCGGAAGUAUCUUACACCUUGUUACAACCCAGCACAAUUCGAGUAUUCACGAAAGACAUGCAUUAACGCCGCAUUUAGAAUACUUGAAUUCCAACAGAUAGUUGAUGAGGAGACUCAGAGAGACGGACUUUUAUACCCAGUGCGCUGGAUGUUCACGUCAUCACGUCUAAAGGCUGUCUUUCUAUUGGGAGUCAGUAUUCUCUGCUACUAUUUUCAGUUGAUAAAAUCCCAUCCAGAAGUUUCCUUGGGUGGUAAGACGGACAAAAGCAUACAUGACCUGCUACAGAACGUUUUUCCUCUUUGGCUACGCUUGAGUGCUAUGUCUCCUGAGGCACAACGAGUGGUUCAGCUCUUGCACUCGCUUCUGGAGAUGGGCGAACAAGGAAAUGAUCAGACUCCAAUCGCUACGCCUAACUCGGUCUAUCCAUUUAUUCCCGUCGUUGAGGAUAUGUUUUCCUUGGAUCAGCCCGCGUGGGAACCGUGCGAAGGUUCCAUUUUGAACCUUUCGUCUAUGUCCGAAUUUUCCAAUAGCUCGGAUCUAAGGUACCCGGGUGGUCUCCAGUCAUUUUCAAAUACGGCUGUUGUUACUUCGGCAGAUCCAUUACUCACGAACACGACCGAGUUUGAUCAGUGGAUGAAUGUUAGUUUCUAUUAA